AACACUUAUCGUGCGAAAGGAUACGCCUCUCGCGUGUUGACAGCAAUACCGCGGCGUUGACUGUGAGUCACAGUACUGUCACUAAUGACAUGCAAAACACAUUCAAAACAAUUACUAAUCAUUUCACGCAUCAUAUGAAGGGCUCAGUCGUCGCACACGUGUCUCGCCAAUAGUGGCCACACCUCAAGACAUCACCGCAACUGAACCGCGAGAAUCUCGACCACCGAUCCACACAAACCACUUCUAUAUCGCCCGCAAGAAUCUCAUGAGUGCUCACCGGAACUGAUCCCAAGACACACCCACACCACCGACAAUGCUAUCGCUAUCGUCGACCGACAAACACAUCCUUCACUGCAUUUUAUUGCUGUCUGUGAUCGUAGUCUUCGAGUGUCUCAGCGGCGGUCUGAAGCUGUGGUACACCGACGCGGACACCGUUCCCAUCGACCCGUUUGUGGCGUACGGCUGGUGGACGGCCGCCGGGCUCUACCUGUUCCGGGUGUUAGCGCUGCUAUCGCUGCCGCAAGUGAUGUGCAACUUCUUGGGGCUAACCCUUUACGACGCCUUCGCCUCGAAGGUCAGCCUCCGGGGGACACCACUGUUGGCGCCGUUCCUAUGCGUGCGGACCGUCACGCGCGGCGAUUAUCCCGAUCUCAUCCGCCAUAACGUGAACCGCAAUCUCAAUACGUGUCUUGCGGUCGGUUUAGAGAACUUUAUCGUCGAAGUGGUCACCGAUCGGGCGGUCGGUCUCCCGAAGAACCCAAGGAUUCGCGAAGUGGUGGUCCCCGCGAGCUAUCGCACCAAAUCGGGCGCUAUGUUUAAGGCGCGGGCGUUGCAGUACUGUCUGGAGGACGAGAACAACAUAUUGGGUGACAACGAUUGGGUCGUCCACUUGGAUGAGGAGACCAUUAUGACGGAGAACGCCGUGAGAGGUAUACUGAACUUCGUGGUGAACAACAAGCAUGAGUUCGGACAGGGAUUGAUCACAUACGCCAACGAGGAUGUGGUGAACUGGUGGACAACACUGGCCGACAGCUUCCGAGUGGCCGACGAUAUGGGAAAACUCCGGUUCCAGUUCUAUAUGUUUCACAGACCGCUGUUCAGCUGGAAAGGCUCAUACGUGGUGACCAAACUGUCGGCCGAGCGGUCGGUGUCGUUCGACCACGGGUUGGACGGGUCGGUGGCAGAGGACUGUUACUUCUCGAUGAUCGCCUACAAGAAC